GAUAACGAAGGAAAGUGGGUGGAUACAAAACCAGUUCAUAUCACUUGUCUUUCUGACGCAUUCAGUACAAGUCUACAUAAUUGGAUUGGUGAAAACUAUCGUUGACAACACAAAUAAUGGAGGACACCUCUGAGUACUGCUACCUCGGCUGGGCUCUCGUGUCGCUGGCGCUGCUGCUUGCAACGUUGAGGUGGCGCUUGACGGCCAACAAUGGGUUGCGGCUGCCGCCAGGUCCGUGGCAGCUGCCGUUCAUUGGCAGCCUGCACCACAUGGCCGGGCAGCUUCCUCACCGUGCCCUGCGCGAGCUGGCGCAGCGCCACGGGCCGGUGAUGCUUCUCCGUCUGGGCGAGGUGCCCACGCUGGUGCUGUCGUCCCCGGAGGCAGCCCGCGAGGUGAUGAAGAUCCAGGACCUGGUGUUCGCGACGCGGCCGCUGACGCCCACCAUGAGCGUAGUGACCUGCGGCGGGCGAGACAUCAUCUUCGCGCCGUACGGCGAGUACUGGCGCCACCUCCGGAAGAUCGUCGUCACGGAGCUCCUCGUGGCGCGCCGCGUCGCCUCUUUCCGCGCCAUCCGCGAGGAGGAAGUGGCGGCCAUGCUGCAUGAGGUCGGGUCCGCCGCCGCGGCCGGCUGCCAGGUGGAUAUGCGCGCCCGGCUGUCCACGGUCGUCUCCGACACCACGUUCCGCGCCGUCAUGGGCGACCGGUGUAAGCAGCGUGAGCUGUUCCUGCGAGAGCUCGACAACCUCGUUGGGCUCGCGACGGGGUUUAACCCCGUGGACCUGUGGCCGUCGUCAUGGCUCGUCAGACGCUUCAGCGGCACCCUGCGCCGCGCCGAGGAGAACCACGCCCUGGUGUACGGUAUCAUCAGGGGCGUUAUCCAGGACCAUCUCGACAGGAAUAAGCAGGGCGAAGAAGACGAGGACAUGCUUGACGUGCUGCUCAAAAUACACAAGGAUGGUGAGAUCGACAUGGUCGCAGUCGAAGCCGUCAUCUUUGAUCUCUUCGCCGCCGGCAGCGAGACAUCGGCAACAACGUUGGAAUGGGCCAUGGCGGAGCUGGUUAAGAACCCAAGGGUGAUGAAGAAGGUGACGGCCGAGGUGCGCCGAGCCUUCAAGGCCAGUGGCACGGUGGUCGAGGAUAGGCUCGGAGAGGUGCCGUACCUGCACCUUGUCAUACGGGAGACGCUUCGUAUGCACGGCCCGGCGCCGCUGCUACUCCCACGCCAGUGCCAGGAACCAUGCCAGGUGAUGGGCUUCGACGUGCCGAAGGGCACGCAGGUGAUCGUCAACGCCUGGGCGCUGGGCCAUGACGAGCGGUGCUGGCCCGACGGUACCGAGGAGUUCCGGCCGGAGCGAUUCCAGGCCGGCGCCAAAGCGGCGGCGGUGGAUUUCAGGGGCACCGAUUUCGAGCUCCUGCCGUUCGGCGCCGGCCGGAGGAUGUGCCCUGGGAUGGCGUUCGGCCUUGCCAGCGUGGAGCUCCCGCUCGCCAGCCUGCUGCUCCACUUCGACUGGGAAGCGCCGGACAUGGCUGGGUUCGACAUGACUGAGGCGUUCGGCGUCACCGCGCGGCGGAAGGCCGACCUCCUCCUGCGUCCUUCCCUCCGGGUGCCCGUGCCAAGCCUCUGACCAGCUGGAGUCCAAGUCCACUCUAUAUUUCAGCACGUAUAUAUUGUUGCGUGCAUUCUCACUGUAAUUGUGAACGCGUCAUUCCCUUGGUUUCGUCGAAGCCACUAGCUAGCCCACAAGAAUACGGAGCUGUAAUAAAUUUGAUUUUGUUAAAAAAGAAACUUAGUA